AUGGCGUCUGUUCCACCCGGCGACAUCACGACUCUUCCUGCAGUGAAGGUCAUCUUCAACGCGCCGUUCGAUGACAAGCACACCUACUACAUGAAGAUCAUCAACUCUGGUGGGCAUCGUAUCGGCUUCGCCUUCAAGACGACCAACCCUCGCCGUCUGAACAUGGACCCGCCCAACGGUGUGCUCGACCCGAAGGAGGCCAUCAACAUCGCCAUCUCUUGCGACGCCUUCGAUCCGGCUGCGGAAGCGACCAACAACGAUCGUGUCACCGUCGAAUGGACCAACACACCGGAAGGAGCAGCCAAGCAAUUCCGCCGCGAGUGGUUCCAGGGUGACGGUAUGGUGCGCCGCAAGAACCUUCCAAUCGAGUACAACAUGUAAGCGGUUGAUGGAAGAUGAUGACGCCAAAAUGCGAUAAUAAUAGGAAAAACAUUUCUCCCUCAUAAUUGUAUAUCUAUAAUGUAAUCUCC